AAAGGCGGAAGUGGUCUCUUAGGGCCGCCGGGGCGCGAAGCGGGGCCUGGACUGGGCCGGGCCCCUCCGGUCUCCGUUACGGGCCCUGGAGGCCGGGCACCCCCGGAGCCCCCUGCAGCUGGGGGCUGAGCACCCCCGGAGUCCGUCCCCCUCCCCCGGAGUCCGUCCUCCCCCGUCUCCAGCGCUGUUUUAAGGCCCACGGAGCAGCGCCGGGGGAGCCCGGGUGGGCCGCGGCCUUAAUCCCGGGUUGCCCGUUCCCUCCCCGGGCCUUUGGCUUCCCGGCGCGCCGGGCGGUGUCACGUUAGGGUAGUUGGUGAAUGCAGGCGAGGUCUCUGGCAGCUCCUCCAUCUUCCGUGAAUCCUCAGGGAUGCUUUUUGCAGUCCAGACCCCUCUCCUUCCUCCAAACGGACCCCAGAACCCCCCCAGCAGCCCCGGGAAGCUGGAAUGUGUGGUGCCGGUUGUGUACGCCCGUGUCUUUGCCCUCUUGCCUGAAACCGUCGAGGGAGAGGAGCGCCAACACCAUGCCCAAAAAAUACGCCCUCAAACCGAGCUCCCCCAGCUGCGAAUUGGCCAACGUGGCCAAUCUAAACCAGUUUCCAGACCACUGGAAGGUUUGCACCAUGGGGAACUCCGACACAGACCAGAAGGCAUCCUACGAUGCCUCUGGGGAGCACGGGGACAUCGUCAGUACAAUUUCCAGCAGCAUGAACCCUCUGCAGCCGCCGGACGCCUCCUCAGAGGAACCUUUUACCACCUACUUCGACAGCAAGAUCCCAAUUCCCGAAGAUGAAACGCACUCGUGCUUUAGUUUCCGCAAACUCUGGGCUUUCACGGGGCCGGGCUUUCUGAUGAGCAUUGCCUACCUGGAUCCGGGCAACAUCGAGUCGGAUUUACAGUCUGGGGCUGUCGCAGGAUUUAAGCUGCUGUGGGUCCUGAUGCUGGCGACGAUCAUCGGGCUGCUCCUGCAGCGGCUGGCCGCCAGGCUGGGGGUGGUGACGGGGCUGCACCUCGCCGAAGUGUGUAACCGGCAGUACCAGAAGGUUCCUCGGAUUAUCCUAUGGCUGAUGGUUGAACUCGCUAUUAUUGGCUCCGAUAUGCAAGAAGUCAUCGGCUCAGCGAUUGCUAUUAACCUCCUGUCUGUGGGGAAGAUCCCGCUGUGGGGUGGCGUGCUCAUCACCAUUGCUGACACAUUCGUGUUUCUCUUCCUGGAUAAAUAUGGCUUGCGAAAACUGGAAGCGUUCUUUGGUUUUCUCAUUACCAUCAUGGCUCUAACGUUUGGAUACGAGUAUAUCACAGUAAAACCCGACCAGGAGAAGCUGCUAAAAGGGCUGUUCAUCCCGUACUGCCAGAACUGCGGCACGCCCCAGCUGGAGCAAGCCGUGGGCAUCGUGGGCGCCGUUAUCAUGCCGCACAACAUGUACCUGCACUCCGCCUUGGUCAAGUCCCGGCAAGUGAACCGUGCAAACAAGAGGGAAGUACGAGAAGCUAAUAAGUAUUUCUUCAUCGAGUCCUGUAUCGCUCUCUUUGUCUCCUUCAUCAUUAACAUCUUUGUCGUGACCGUCUUCGCUGAGGCUUUCUUUGAAAAGACAAACGCGGAUGUGAGCAACGUCUGCACGAACGCCAGCAGCCCGCACUCCUCGCUCUUCCCAAACAACAACCAGACGCUGGAAGUGGACAUCUACAAAGGGGGUGUCGUUCUGGGCUGUUACUUCGGCCCUGCUGCUCUCUAUAUCUGGGCGAUCGGGAUCCUCGCUGCCGGCCAGAGCUCAACGAUGACGGGGACAUACUCCGGGCAGUUCGUCAUGGAGGGUUUCCUGAACCUGCGGUGGUCCCGUUUCGCCCGGGUGCUGCUGACCCGCUCGAUUGCCAUCACCCCCACCCUCUUCGUCGCCAUCUUUCAGGACGUCGAACAUCUGACUGGCAUGAACGACUUCUUAAAUGUUCUGAUGAGCCUCCAGCUUCCGUUCGCUUUGAUCCCCGUCCUGACCUUCACCAGCCUGCCCAGUGUCAUGAACGAUUUUGCCAACGGAUUGUUCUGGAAGAUCGCCGGUGGCGUGCUGAUCCUCCUGAUCUGCAGCAUUAACAUGUACUUCGUGGUGGCCUACGUCAUGUCCCUGAACCACAUGGCUUUGUACGUCGGGGCUGCGAUUCUCAGCGUGAUCUACCUGUCCUUUGUGGCGUAUUUGAGCUGGCUGUGUCUGAUCGCUCUGGGAGUCUCCUUCCUGGCCUGUGGGAAAACGCGUCACCUGGGAUUCGCCGCUCACCCCGAACUCUUCCUCCUCAACAACGUCGACGCGGACACGCUCGUCACCAGAUGAUUCCAACCGCCGCGGUCGUAAGGAUAGAACCGGUUUUAACGGAAAACCCUUCUUGUGCCGCAGAAAACUCUUCUCCAUCGCUCGAGUUUAGCACAAAACCAGGCACGCGGUUGGGAAUUGUGAACGGAGACCGGGAUUUAUUCCGGGGAGGAUGACGGGAUCAGACCGUCCCGUCAGCGGCGAGAAGAACUGCGGAGCCGGCGCCUCGGCAUCGGCCACGGGGGAAGAUCCCGGGUCCAAACCACGACAUCGUCGAUCUCGGGGGCUUGCUUUUAGGUACCUCAAAAGUUUUUCCCUCGCCUUCCCCCCCCUCCGCCCCAAAUAGUUGAUCUGAUCAGGGCUGCGAUUCGUUGGUUUUUUUUUGGUUUUUCCUGAUUUCAAUUCAAAUUUUUCCUGCCUGGUUGGUGGAACUGGUGUGACGUUAAUCCAUUUAUUAUUAUUUCCUUCCCUAAUUUGGGGGUAAAAAAAAAAAAAAAAAAAAAAUCCAGGCUUGGGAAACUGUUUUGUUAGUAGUGAUUUUAUAGAGGGGGUGAGCUCAAAUUAGGAGGAACGAGAGAAACCGCGGUGAGAAGCCACCGAGAAACCCAGGUUUCGCGGCCAGCGGGACGAUCCCCCGGCCCCUCCAGGUAAUUACGGCCGGUUUUGCCGUAAAACGCGGCCGAUCUGACCUCCUCCGCGCGAAGAUCUCCCGCUCCAAGACGACGGCUGCUUCUCCUUCCCACGGGCGUUUUUUUUCCCCGAUUCGGGGCCGGUAUCUACCUCUGCGCAGGCAGCAGGGAAGCUGCUAAUUUCAGAAUUUCAAUUAAAAAAGCGAAUUUCCCUGCCAGGCUCCGUUCCGUAAAGACCUCUCGGCCAGUAAAAGCCGGGCAGGGUUUGCACGCGGCGGGAUGGACCCAUUUUCUGGACGUUUUAAGCAAUUUCGGGUGCUGCCAGGAACUUCCCGGAGCCCAAAAGCGACCCUGAGACGAACUUCAAGGUCACGCGUGUUUUAUAUCCCCCGGCUCCUCUCUGGUUUAUUUUGGUUGAUUUGUUUCUACGUACUCGACACCGACUUUAUCCAACGCGCCGACCACGCCGCGGCUCGUGAAGGAUGCGACGGAGGGCCAGAAUUUUCCGGUAAAAAAAAAAAAAAUUCGAUUUAACCUUUUCUGUUCAGCUUUCAGCCCGUUUUAGAAAUAAAACUGAUGUUCCCCGUC